AUGGCAGCGUUGACACCCUCUGAGUCCGACUCUUCAUCAACGGAUCCGCGGGAAGAUGAAGAGAGCGAGGGCUACGAAGAUGUCGAGCCAGAUAAUGAAGACAUCGAAGUCAUCGGGCUUUUCGACAACCAAACUUAUCCUGAUGCCAAGACUAUGCUGAACACUUGCAAAGACAAGUUUGGAUUUGACUUUGCAGGCACCCAAAAAUCUUUGGACACGCUGGGAUCCGAUGGUCAGCUAAUUGCCGCAGGCCUUGACUUCUACGACAGUAUCAAGCUGGUAAACUUUAUCAGAAGUGAGGUGAAGAAAGGUAAUUUGAAGCCAGAUGCCUCGACGAAAGACCGGUUCUCCGGCGAGGAGUACCUCCAGCCAGUUUUGGAGAACGAUACUUUACUGUUUUCUUUAGACGACUUGCCCGCUGCAGAUGGAAGCGAUAGUAGUGGAUCUCUGAGCGCUACCAAAUCCGGAGAUGAUGUUGUAUUGAGAGUCCAAGAGCUCGAGGAUCAGUUGAACCGCCUUGGUCUGGAGUACCAAGAAUACCGCACUAUGGUAGCGAAGACCCUGGACGACAGGUGGAAUUCUGACGCUCCUGGCCUAGCAUCGCAGGUCAAGAAUACAGAAAAGUCGAAGACUGAGGAGGAAGAUAAGGGAUACUUCGCUUCGUACGGACAGAAUGAUAUACAUGAAACGAUGAUCAAGGACAAAGUACGAACGGAGGCUUACAGGGAUUUCAUAUAUAAACACAAGCAUAUUUUCGAGGGAAAAGUCGUCCUUGAUAUUGGUUGUGGUAGUGGUAUCUUAUCCCUUUUCUGUGCCAAGGCUGGUGCAGCGAAAGUCAUAGCUGUGGACAACUCCAACAUCAUUGAGAAGACGAGACUGGUUGUCCACGCAAGUGCAUUUGACGACAAGAUUACUUGCGUCCGUGGUAAAAUCGAAGAAGUUACGCUUCCCGUGUCUAAAGUGGACAUCAUUGUCUCUGAAUGGAUGGGCUACGCGUUGCUUUAUGAAGCUAUGCUUGACUCUGUUCUAUGGGCAAGAGAUAAAUACUUGAAGCCUGACGGGCUGAUGGUGCCUUCCCACUGUACGUUGCACAUUGCGCCAGUGGUAGAAGACGUUGUUCUCAAGGAGAAGAUGAAGUUCUGGCGUCAAGUGUACGAUUUUGAUCUGACGCCUAUGAUGAACGUGGAAGGCACUGCAAGACCGGUCGUCGAGAUAAUGUACCAUGAGCCCAAAGAGAUUGGCGCUCGAUCAUACGAGUUCCUACAAUUACCACUACAUACCAUCACGGCCUCCGAACUGUCAUUUGUCAAGGAGUUCAGGCUUGAGAUAGACCAAGAUAUCGAUAGCCUGGGCGGCUGGCUGAUCUGGUUUGAUGCAUUUUUCUUGGAAUCAAGGAACGAGGAGCUUCCUCGCGAUGCCCGCGCAGCCACUUGGACGAGUGAAGGACGCAGAGGCGUUGCAUUUACGACUGGACCAGAGGGGACUAAGACUCAUUGGGAGUGCGCCUUUCUGUCCACUCAGGCUAAGAAAAUGCCUGGAAUUGUCAAAGGCGGCGUCGUUUCCGGUGUUGUAGAGUACAGGAAGCCGAAUCCAGACUCAAGAAGCCUGGAUAUUCGAAUCCGCUGGAAUGCUGGCAAGGAUGGGGGUGAGGCCGAGAUGGUGUGGACGAUGGGGAUUGAUGGCUAA